CUCAUCUCCUCACUCUACCGAUGAAGACAUUCAGACGAACCUUUACCGCAACGGCCUUGGCUCUCGCUAAACCCAAGACCGCCAAGAUAGGGACCCCUGCCAAGUACUUGGGCCGUGUCAGCAACAACUUGUCGAGCGGGAUCGUUGGGCUCGCCAACGUGGGGAAGUCUACCUUUUUCCAGGCCAUCACCAAAUCUACGAUUGGAAACCCUGCCAACUACCCAUUUGCAACCAUUGACCCCGAGGAAGCACGCAUUGUGGUGCCGUCGCCCAAGCUCGACCACUUGACUAGCUUGUACGGUUCCGCCAAGCAAGUUCCGGUCAGUUUGACGAUCUGGGAUAUUGCCGGAUUGACGCGUGGUGCCUCGUCCGGGGAAGGGUUAGGGAACAAGUUUUUGAGCGAUAUCCGCGCGGUGGAUGGGAUCUACCAGGUGUGUCGUGGUUUCCGCGAUGACGAAAUCACGCACAUUGAAGGGUCGGUGGACCCCGUCCGUGACUUGACCGUGGUACUCGAUGAGCUCUUGUUGAAGGACUUGGAAUUUGUGGAAGGUGCCAUUGAACGGUGCAAGAAGCGUGUGAAGGGUGGAAAUAAGAAUAGCCCUGACCGCAAGCUGGCGGAGGAAGAGCUAGCCACGUUGGAAAAGACCGAAACCUGGCUUUCGGAGGGAAAGCGAGUGGCUUCCAAGAAGGACUGGACGCCAGAGGAAAUUGAUAUUUUGAAUAUCCACACGUUUCUCACCGCUAAGCCGACGGUUUACUUGUUAAACGUAAACGAAGGUGACUACGCCGCGCAAACGAACGAGUUUUCUGGCGAGGUCCAGACCUGGAUUGAUGAAAACUCCCCGGGUGACAGGUUGAUGCUUUUCUCUGCUGCCUUUGAAACCCAGUACAACGAAUUGGCCGAGACUCCAGCCCUUCAGCAGGAGUACAGAGACAUGUACAGCGGCGUGGAUAGCGUUCUCCCGGCGAUUGUUGCCAGCAUGCGCGAGGUUUUGCACUUGAUCAGUUUCUACACCUGCGGGCCGAUGGAGGCCAGACAGUGGACAAUCAGGGAGGCCAUCACCACCGCGCCACAGGCCGCAGGUGUGAUCCACACAGACUUGGAGAAGACGUUUAUUUCUGCGACCGUGACGAAGUGGGCGGAUUUGGUAAAGGAGACCGCGCCGUUGAACGAGGCCAAGUUGAAGAAUGCGGGGAAGAUUGUCAAGGCCGGGAAGGGGUAUAUUGUGGAGGAUGGUGAUGUGAUGUUGGUUAAGGCGGGGUCGGGGAAAGCUCGCUAAGAAUUUCCGUGUGAUAGUUCCUUUGUAUAUAGCGCUGAGCUUUCACAGAAAAAGCCAUUCUUUGUAUAGCAGUAUGGCUGGAGCUUUAGAAUGGUUACGGGGGG